UAUGCAUACAAAUAAUAAAUAAUAAAUAAUUUAUUUAGAGAAUAAAAUUUUAAACUCAACUUCAUAAAAAAUGGGUAGGAAAUGAUUGGAGGGAAGGUAUCACCUCAGCUGUAUAGAAGGAAAAAAUUCCUCAGGCCAACGCCGCCGAAGAAAAAUGAACAGUGCGAGAUUUAUCUUCAGCAACGGCGUCGUUUCAUAUUCCUCGGAGGCUCCUCCGGUCGCCACCUUCCUCGAAUCUCUUCCAGGGGCUUACACAACAACUAGAACACACGAAAAUGGGACAACCCUUUUGUUUUGGGAAAGGCAUUUAAAAAGACUGGCGAAUUCUACAACAAUUCUACUAAAUUCGAAGCCUGAACACAUAUUCAAGCCAACCAAGAAAAACCCAUUAUUUUCCUCUCCUUUAUCAAUCACUUCAUCAUUGAAAUGGGAGUCAAGGAUUCGAUCAUUGGUUUAUAAUUCAAUGAACCAAGUACUACCCAUUGCUCUGAAGGAGAGGUCUGAUGGGCAGGAGUUGGCAAUUACGGCUCUCGUUUGUGGGGAUUUGGAGAAGUUGAAGGAAAUAGAGAAUGUGGUUGAUGAUGGUGAUGGGAUUUUUCAUGUUCUUGAUGUCCAUUUGCACAUAGGGAGUUACGUUCCUCCGGUGUUUGGGAUAGAAGAAAAUGGGGCACAUUUGGCUUUGGUGGGUCGUGGGAGGGAUGUAGCAGCUGCUAAGUAUUCGGCUUGGGUAAGGUUACGGAAGCCUCUGGACAAAUUGAGGCCUCCAUCAGUAGUGACUGAGCUCUUGUUGUCAAAUGAUGGUGAUCGGAUACUUGAGGGCUGCAUAACAAAUUUUUUUGUAGUUUGCCAAAGGGAUAAGGAUGAAGCUGAGGGGAAAUACCUGCAUGAUAACGGUAAUGUGUAUUCUGUUGAAGUACAGACAGCGCCCAUCACUGACGGUGUCCUUCCUGGAGUUAUUCGGCAACUAGUUAUUGAAGUAUGCCUGAGCAAGGGCAUCCCAGUGUGUGAAGUUGCACCUUCAUGGGAAAAACAUGGACUUUGGGAAGAAGCAUUCGUUACAAAUAGCUUGAGAGUUCUACAGCAUGUGGAGACGAUUAAAGUACCACAUUCAUGGGAAUCUCUUCAAUCAAAAUGUUCUGAAGAAAUAUCAUGGAUGGAGAAAAAAUUUGAGCAGGGUCCUGGGAUGAUCACAAAAGUCAUCCAGGUAAAUUUUGAUGAGCAGAUUAUUUUAACUGUACCAUCUAGUACAAAAGUUCAUGCGCGGAACAAUUGCAUAUAUCAGGAAUAAAAUAGAUAGGAAGCUAGAAACCAUCUAGAACAUUUAACUAUGGAAUGCCAUUUUGCAUCACAAGCCUCAUUUCUCAAUUUGUUUUGCACCCAAUGCCGGGAAAAAAAAAAUCUGCUUCACUUAUUUAAUUGUUUGUUUUAUGUUCUCAUGGAGGAACAGAAAGAGAUCAUGGAGAGAGCCUGCACGGAAAGGCACCCAUUAAAUGAGUUCGAAUAAUAGACAAUGGAAUUUCGUGUGCUGUAAGAUCUCCAUGGACAAGCAAGACAAAAAGAUCACAUAGUGCAAAAUUGAUCCCUAAGAUGACAUUAUUACUCGCAUCACUAGCACGAAUUCCAGGUGUAAGUGUUUUGUGUUGUGCCUAUUACACAUGCUGGGCAAAUUUUUUUCAGGUUGAGGAGCUCCUACCGAUUCUAGGACUUAGAUGAUUAACCUGAAAUGUGAUUGGUACAAAGUGACAUUUUCUGCCUUUGCCUUAAAGUAUUUACACAUGUACAAUCAGCCUUUUGUAAUUUUUGACUGUUAGAUAAGUUGGCUAAUUAGAGGUUUCUCCCCAGACUUUUGACCAUCCAUGCUGCUUGUAUGGUGACAAGAAUUAUACUUCCAUUUUGACUUCUAUUUUUGCCUUUCUUUGAUAUUUGUCUUGUGGGAAGUUUUUACCAUGCUGAAUAUUUUCAAAAGGCUGCAACUUGUGGAUAUGGACAAGUAUUGAGAUUUGAAUUUUAAAUAUAUUGAAUAUUAUUUUUUAAAAGUGAUUACAUGAACUAACUGAAUUAGAUUUAAUUAUACUAAAUAUUUUAUUUGUAGAGAAAUAAACUAGUUAUUAUGCCUGCUACUUCAAUUGCUUUUUAGCAAUAUAUGCGGAGCAAUGUAACCCCUGCGGUAGUUAAGCCCUCAUUGAGGUAAAAAAAAAUUGUGAAAUUUCGGCUCCAUUUGU